AUGCUACCCUUUGAUCCAUUGACGAAAACGAACAUCUUCCACUCCGAUCUCGUCACAAGGCACUUGGCUGCGAACAUCUCCCUCGUCGGUUUUGCUACCAUACUCGUUGUGUUGCGGUUCAUCACGAGACGAAUCUGCAGGACUAAGAUAUGGUGGGAUGACUUUGCCGCAGUGGUUUCACUGAUCUUCACUAUCGGCAUGCUCGCAAUGCACAUCACAGAUGCGAAUUACGGGAUGGGAUACCAAACCAAAGAACUACCCAUUGCCAACAGCAUCUUUCUAGCUAAGCUGCUCAUAGCUUACCAAGCUGUGUACUACGCCGCCGUCUCCAGCGUCAAGCUAUCCUACCUCUUGUUCUACUUACGCUUUUUCACACUCAAGGAACAUCGUAUCUGGGUUUGGAUAUGCAUGGGCUUGGUCGUAGCGUACUGGCUCGGUAGCAUGCUUGCGACUUUUCUUUUGUGCACGCCUCUCGAGGCGAACUGGAACCCUCUUUUGGCCAAAAAGUACUGCCCGGAUCACAAACACAGCACGGCAUUCGUUGCGACUGGCAUCUUCAACAUGAUAACCGAUCUGAUUAUCAUCCUGUUGCCCAUACCAUUCAUCCGAAAACUACAAAUGACUCGUGGUGCCAAGAUUGGCUUGGUGGCGAUCUUUGCAAUAGGUCUACUGUACGAAACUCUGGGAGUCGCUUGCUCGGUAUAUGUCAGCUGA